AUGUCAAACGGGCCCUUGCCGUCUACACGCUGCCUGCUCUCUGCGCUUCCGACACGCCAGAUCGGGAGCAAAGUUCGGUUUCUAGCAUGCGUUGACGCUUAUUCCGUCAAAUCCGCGGUUUUGACCCUGCAUCAUGCCUUUCCUCAGUCCUGCAAAGUACAGGCCUCUGUGGACGUCAAGCUUCUCCUGCAGAGCCUCAAAAGCAACCAGACCGACGCCGGCCAAUGGGUCCAUGUCAUAGGCUAUAUCACGUCUAUCACACGUUCCUCCGCCAGCAACGAGCGCUCUUCCGAUGUCACAGAUGUCGGAGUGCAAGCGCUUGUGCUUUGGGUAGCAGAGGAUCUAGACCUUCCCGCAUAUGAGAUGUCGUUCGGCAACAACGCCAAGUGA